GUUUAGCAAGAAUCCCACACCCUCCAUAGGUGAUCAAAAUUCUUCACUUCCUACCUUCGUAUCUGAACCCCCUGGUCUGCCUUCAGUGGGACUCCUGUUAGGUUGGUUCAGCCAGAAUUCCCCCUAAUUGAUGUUUCCUCUUAGCAAUUUUCAGAACACCUUCUCCUUGCUCCUUGGUUAUAAAAUCCCACUUAUUCCUGGUGUAUUUGGAAUAGUUAGAUCCAGUUGUCUUCACCUCUUUAACUGCUGUCAUUUCUUUUUUCACAGUUGAGGACCCAAAACGUUGUCAUUUCAAGUCCUUGUGGCCAACAGAUUGGUGGUUUAUGGGCCAGCACCCUUUUUAUGCGUAAAAUACUUAAAACGCAUCCUGCAAUGAUGGUAAAGUGCUGAAACGUUUAGUAUGUGAGGACGGAUCCUAGUCUGGCUGCUAGACCUGGCGAUCCCCUGAGGCCGCCUGAGUUUGGGCCUCCUCGUGUCGCCGCGCGCCCCUCCUCCGGCCCUGAGUCACGGCGCCGCCAGAGUCCCCACGCCAGGAUGCUGCGGUGAGCGCGGCGGGGACGCCGCGGGGCCCCGGGUCGCAGCGUCGGGCUCUCGGCCGCCCAGCGGCGCCGUAGGGGAAGCCAGGCCCGCAGCCGCGCGCUCCCCAGCCGCCUACGGAGUCCGCCCUCCCCGGCUCUUCCUGACCUCCUCGGCGGGCGGCGGCGGGGCCUGCCUGUGCGCUCCGCGCCUGCUCGCGCCUGCUCUCCAUGGCGUUUAUCCGGAAGAAGCAGCAGGAGCAGCAGCUGCAGCUGUACUCCAAGGAGAGAUUUUCCUUGCUGCUGCUUAACUUGGAGGAGUACUACUUUGAACAACAUAGAGCCAAUCACAUUUGGCACAAAGACAGCCACCAUGAAAGGAAAAUCAGAGGCUCCUUAAAAAUAUGUUCAAAAUCAGUGAUUUUUGAACCAGAUGCAAUAUCCCAGCCCAUCAUCAAGAUUCCUUUGAGAGACUGUAUAACAAUAGGAAAGCAUGGAGAAAAUGGAGCCAAUAGACACUUCACAAAGGCAAAAUCUGGGGGGAUUUCACUCAUUUUCAGUCAGGUAUAUUUCAUUAAAGAACACAAUGUUGUUGCACCAUAUAAAAUAGAAAGGGGCAAAAUGGAAUAUGUUUUUGAAUUGGAUGUUCCUGGGAAAGUGGAAGAUGUUGUGGAGACGCUGCUUCAGCUUCACAGAGCAUCCUGCCUUGACAAACUGGGUGAUCAAACCGCCAUGAUAACAGCUAUUUUGCAGUCUCGUUUGGCUAGAACAUCAUUUGACAAAAACAGGUUCCAAAACAUCUGUGAAAGGCUGCACAUGGAAUGCAAAGCAGAAAUGGUGACACCUCUGGUCACAAAUCCUGGACACGUGUGCAUCACGGACACAAACCUGUACUUUCAGCCUCUCAAUGGCUACCCGAAACCUGUGGUCCAGAUAACACUCCAAGACGUCCGCCGUAUCUACAAAAGGAGGCACGGCCUGAUGCCUCUGGGCUUGGAAGUGUUUUGCACAGAAGAUGAUCUGUGUUCCGACAUCUACCUAAAGUUCUAUGAACCUCAAGAUAGAGAUGAUCUCUAUUUUUAUAUUGCCACGUAUCUAGAGCACCACGUGGCGGAGCACACUGCUGAGAGCUACAUGCUGCAGUGGCAGCGCGGACACCUUUCCAACUACCAGUACCUCCUUCACCUCAACAACCUGGCCGACCGCAGCUGCAACGACCUCUCCCAGUACCCAGUGUUUCCGUGGAUAAUACAUGAUUAUUCCAGCUCAGAACUAGAUUUGUCAAAUCCAGGAACCUUCCGGGAUCUUAGUAAGCCAGUGGGGGCCCUAAAUAAGGAACGGCUGGAGAGACUGCUGACACGCUACCAGGAAAUGCAUGAACCAAAGUUCAUGUAUGGGAGUCACUAUUCUUCCCCGGGUUAUGUGCUUUUUUAUCUUGUGAGGAUUGCACCAGAGUAUAUGCUGUGCCUGCAGAAUGGAAGAUUUGAUAAUGCAGAUAGAAUGUUCAACAGUAUUGCAGAGACUUGGAAAAACUGUCUGGAUGGCGCAACGGAUUUUAAAGAGUUAAUUCCAGAAUUCUAUGGUGAUGAUGUGAGCUUUCUAGUCAAUAGUCUGAAGUUGGAUUUGGGAAAGAGACAAGGAGGACAGAUGGUUGACGAUGUGGAACUUCCCCCUUGGGCCUCAAGUCCCGAGGAUUUUCUCCAGAAGAGCAAAGACGCGUUGGAAAGCAGUUAUGUGUCUGAACACCUCCACGAGUGGAUUGAUCUAAUAUUUGGCUACAAGCAGAAAGGGAGUGAUGCGGUUGGGGCCCAUAAUGUAUUUCAUCCCCUGACUUACGAAGGAGGUGUAGACUUGACCAGCAUCCAGGAUCCUGAUGAGAAGGUAGCCAUGCUUACGCAAAUCCUGGAAUUUGGUCAGACACCAAAGCAACUAUUUGUGACACCACAUCCUCGAAGGAUCACCCCGAAGUUUAAAAGUUGGUCCCAGACCUCCAGUUAUAAUGCUUCUAUGGCAGAUUCCCCAGUCUCUCCAGGUGAAGAGUCUUUUGAAGACUUGACUGAAGAAAGCAAAACACUCGCCUGGGAUAGCAUCGCCAAACUGCAGUUACACGAGCAAUAUAAAAUCCACAAAGAGGCAGUUACAGGAAUCACGGUCUCUCGCAAUGGAUCUUCAGUCUUCACAACAUCCCAAGAUUCCACCUUGAAGAUGUUUUCUAAAGAAUCGAAAAUGCUACAAAGAAGUAUAUCAUUUUCAAAUAUGGCUUUAUCAUCAUGUUUACUUUUACCAGGAGAUGCCACUGUCAUAAGUUCUUCAUGGGAUAAUAAUGUCUAUUUUUAUUCCAUAGCAUUUGGAAGACGCCAGGACACAUUAAUGGGACAUGAUGAUGCUGUUAGUAAGAUAUGUUGGCAUGACAACAGGCUCUACUCUGCAUCCUGGGACUCUACGGUGAAGGUAUGGUCUGGUGUUCCUGCAGAGAUGCCAGGCACCAAAAGACACCACUUUGACUUACUGGCUGAACUGGAACAUGAUGUCAGUGUAGACACAAUCAGUUUAAAUGCUGCAAGCACACUGUUAGUUUCCGGCACCAAAGAAGGCACAGUGAAUAUUUGGGACCUCACAACGGCCACCUUAAUGCACCAGAUUCCAUGCCAUUCAGGGAUUGUAUGUGACACUGCUUUUAGCCCAGAUAGUCGCCAUGUCCUCAGCACAGGAGCAGAUGGCUGUCUUAAUGUCAUCGAUGUGCAGACAGGAAUGCUCAUCUCCUCUAUGACAUCAGAUGAGCCCCAGAGGUGCUUUGUCUGGGAUGGAAAUUCCGUUUUAUCUGGAAGUCAGUCUGGUGAACUGCUCAUUUGGGAUCUCCUUGGAGCAAAAAUCAGUGAGAGAAUACAGGGCCACACAGGUGCUGUGACAUGUAUAUGGAUGAAUGAACAGUGUAGCAGUAUCAUCACAGGAGGGGAAGACAGACAAAUUAUUUUCUGGAAAUUACAGUAUUAAGUGCCUUUUCCUCUCCUGAAUAUUAAAUUGAACGCUAUUUAAUGCAUUUUUAAACCAAACUUUUAAACGGACUGGUGAAUGUGCAAUGAUAGUAAUUAGAAGCUUUACAACAUGGAAAAUGUGUGGUUUUAAACUUUCAAAAUCAUGGUGACUUCGUUGAAAGCCAUUAGUUGCCAUUCUCUUAAGGCAGAUGAAAUGUGGCAGUGUUUGUUAGGGAAAAAAAUGUUACAUCGAACGGCAGAUGAUCAUCCCAGUAUGAUGAUUGUCAGAAGACAGGACUGAGUAGCAGAGAGUAGCUAAGAGAUAAAUUGGCUGGGGAAACUUGUCAGAAAGCACUGAAGAAUUAAGAAUUUUCCAAGAAAAUGUGCAGUACUCUCUGCUACUUCUGAGGCUCUCUGUUUUGUCUCCCUAGUCUAUCACAAUUGCCACCCAUCAGGUUUUGGGUGUGUGUUUUCAUAGAGUGGUUACUUUCUAUAUUGCUGUACCCAGAUUCUAAGAACCUGGAGAAGGAUUAGCAGUUCUUAUAACAGUAAGUUUACUGUGUAUAGGAACGGUUUGUAUUUCAUUAUAGCUAUCCAUCUUUUCUACAUUAAAAAUAUUUUUCUCUAAAGAAA